AAAGAAAUCACUAGUAACCCAGUAAUGCAUGUGUGUGUUUUUUUGUAAUCCAAGCAAAUGCAUGUGUCGGUCGACCAAUUAGUUGGUGGGUCAGUUAUCCCGUUUGCCUUCAAUGGUUGAUAACCCCUAAGAGAGAAGCUUCAACUAACAUUUCAUACCUAUUGAUUUCUCUCUCUCUCUCUCUCUCUCUCUCUCUCUUCCCUUGCACCUAAAGAAAAGUUGAAGUGAAAAGGGGUUAACAAAUCUACCAUAAUCGACAGCAUACCUAUAUCUGCACAAGCAAGCAAGAUAAAAAUGGAGAACAAAUGGUGGGUUUUGGUAAUGGCAAUGGCAGUGGCAAUGGCUACGGUGGGUAUUGCUGAUGGUGAUUCCAAGCCGCCGCCAUUGGUAAAGAUAGUGAAGGGAAAGAAGGUUUGUGACCAGGGUUGGGAGUGCAAAGGUUUGUCCCAAUACUGUUGCAAUCAGACCAUCUCUGACUUCUUCCAGACGUACCAAUUUGAGGAUCUUUUCUCGAAGAGGAACUCCCCGGUGGCCCACGCCGUCGGGUUCUGGGACUACAAGUCCUUCAUCACUGCCGCUGCUGUUUACCAACCCCAUGGUUUUGGCACCACCGGGGGCAAGCUUACAGGGAUGAAGGAGGUGGCCGCCUUCCUCGGCCAUGUUGGUAGCAAAACCUCUUGUGGUUAUGGAGUGGCUACGGGAGGACCAUUGGCCUGGGGUCUAUGUUACAACAAAGAAAUGAGUCCUAGCCAUUCAUACUGUGACGACUAUUACAAAUUAACCUAUCCCUGCAGUCCCGGCGCUGAAUACUAUGGUCGUGGUGCUUUGCCUAUUUACUGGAACUACAACUACGGAGCUACUGGGGAAGCCCUAAAUGUAGACUUGUUGAACCAUCCGGAAUACGUAGAACAGAAUGCUACCCUCGCUUUCCAGGCAGCGAUAUGGAGGUGGAUGACCCCCGUCAAGAAAUCACAGCCAUCGGCUCACGAUGUCUUUGUCGGUAACUGGAAGCCGACCAAGAAUGACACAGCGGCCAAACGGCUCCCCGGUUUCGGCACAACAAUGAAUGUGCUGUACGGAGACAAUGUUUGUGGUCAAGGGGACGUCGAUUCCAUGAACAACGCCGUCUCUCACUACCAGUAUUAUCUUGACACCAUGGGCGUCGGCAGAGAGGAGGCCGGUCCGCAUGAAGUACUGUCUUGUGCUGAGCAGAAAGCUUUCAACCCUUCGUCGUCCGGUACUGAUGCUGCUUCUUGAGCACUUAGCUUGAUCGUGCAUGUGAAGAGUACGUACCUACCACGUUUUGUCGUAAUAUUGCUGAUUGAUCUCUCUCUUUAAAUAAGAGAAUACACCAGUAAAUAAAACAAGAUUGGUUUUGUGCAGUUGCUUUUGUGGUGGUGUGGAGACGUUGGAUUAAUUCAUUUUGCUCUUUGUAAUCUGUGUAUACUGUCACUAUGAGACUCCCCAUCUUGUAUGCUCCUUCAUUUUUAUAUGUACAUGCAUUGUUUCAA